AUGGGGCUCCCGCGCGGCGCGCUGCUGUGGCGGCUGCUGCUGCUGCUCGGCGCCGUGGGCUCGGGGGUCCUCCUCACGCUCCUCUCCGCCGCGGGGCCGCGCCCGGGGCUCUGGGCCGGAGCCAGGACGACCACAGCGUUCACUGGACCCAAGGCAGCGCUUUCGGGGACGAGGAAGAGCAGGCCCUGCAGACACUCGCUCGCUCAGGCCGUCCAGCAGCACCCCCACUUCCGGGCUCUGUUCAACUUCUCGCAGCCGGUGCUGCUGGCCGGGGGCCUCUUCUCCCAGGAGCUCUGGGACAGCCUGAGCCAGCGCAGAGCCCCCUACGGCUGGCAGGGGCUCCCCCGCCAAGACAUCGCCUCCACCCUGAGCCUCCUGAACAGCUCCGAGAGCGCCCAGCUGCUGGGCUCCAGGGAGCCGCGUGGGGACUGCGUCCGGUGCGCCGUGGUGGGCAACGGGGGCAUCCUCAACGGCUCCCGCCAGGGGCUCCACAUCGAUGCCCACGACUACGUGUUCAGACUCAAUGGUGCUGUGAUCAAAGGCUUCGAGCUGGACGUGGGCACCAAAACCUCCUUCUACGGCUUCACUGUGAACACCAUGAAGAACUCACUCGUCGCCUACAGCGCAGCGGGCUUCACCUCCGUGCCCCAAGGGCCGGACCUGCGCUACAUCUUCAUCCCCUCAGGCCUCCGUGACUACGUGAUGCUGAGAUCGGCCGUCCUGGGCGUGCCUGUCCCCAGUGGCCACGAUAAAGGUGACAGGCCUCGCACCUAUUUCGGACCAGAAGCCCCUGCCAGCAAAUUCAAGCUGCUCCACCCAGCCUUCAUCAGCUACCUGACAGAGAGGUUUUUGAAAUCAAAGCGGAUUAUCUCAAAAUUUAAAGACUUAUAUAUGCCUAGUACCGGGGCCCUCAUGCUGCUGACAGCGUUACACACCUGUGACCAGGUUAGUGCCUAUGGAUUCAUCACAAGUAACUACUGGAAAUUCUCCGACCACUACUACGACCGAGUUAAGCAGCCACUGAUAUUCUAUGCAAACCACGAUCUGUCCCUGGAGGCAGAGCUGUGGUGGGACCUGCACAAGGCGGGCAUCCUGAAGCUGUACCAGCACCGAGCGUGA